UGUGGCGUGUUAUGACUGGCCGACACAAAGAGAUAACUCUAAACUUCAUGCUGACAGGGCAUACGAAAUUCUUGCCAGAUGGUGCCUUUGGGCAAAUUAAGCAGAGGCUAAAACUGACUAAAGUUGAGUGCAUCGCAGAUAUUGCUGCUGUCGUCAAUUCUUCUAGUGCGAUGAACAUAGCUCAGAUUGUGGCCGAAGAAGAUGGUUCAAAUGUUGCAGUAAAGCAUUAUGCCUGGAAUGAUUUCCUAAGCCAGUGGUUUAGAGAAGUUCCUGAUGUAGGAAGAUAUCAUCAUUUCCGCUUUAACGCAGAGAAGCCUGGCAUUAUUUCUGUGAGAGAAUUUGCGUCUUCACCAGAGCAGGAAAUUUGCAUCUUCAGACAGAAGAAGAAACGUGUCAACAUUGUUGACAAUGUACUUCCUGAUAUUAUGACACCACCGGGUUUGAGCAUGAAGCGCCAAAUAUACCUCAACCGUUUUAUACGUCCGUACGUUCGUCCUGAAAUUCAGGAUUUGGUGUGUCCUGAGCCUGAUGCGUCUUUGGAUGAUGAGGUCAGCGAUGACGAUGUUCCUGCUCUAGCUUAGCCACCUAAGAAAAAACUGAGAGGGAAGGCAAAGAAAUAAGUCACAUUUCUACAGCAAGUGAUGAGCAAAAAAACAAACACGAUUUUCCUCUUGUGGCCGAGACACCUAAUAAAAAACAGAUUGUGAAAGGCAAAGAAAUAGAUGAGCAAUCUUAAUAGAUUGUUGGUUCAAAAAAAA